AUGAACAAGCUUCAAGCAGAUAAUAUGAACCUGAUUUUACCCCAAUCUGAAGGAGGUGACGUUUCUUCGAUUAAAACAACCAGCAAAACGCCAGCCUCCCCGAUCUCAGAUGGCUACAGUGCUCCAACCGAAUGGACGACUGAUCAUGAGAUCUUCCGACCCACAUCCACAGCUACCUACGAAAAUCUACCCUCUGGUCAGAUUCGCCGUGUAUUCAGGCCCAUUCUAGAACGUCCCCCAUUGCAAUCGGAUGCCGCCAACUCAAAGCUGGAGUGGCAGAGGCAGCUGGAAUCAACAUCGCGAAGGACAAAACAAACUGACGUCAGUCUGGUCGCCAAGCACGAGAUACAUAGUCCCUAUUGGAGGAUGAGUCAAGACAGUGAAGAGUCUGUUCCGCCCCGAGGACAGAGCCGACAUGAGCUUAGGCCCCAGGAGUUUCAGCCUCACGCCAGCUGGCUAAAUCGGGAGAAUGAGUUCGGUGGAACACAAGACUCCAGAAGGGAGGCAGAAGAAGGAAGUGAGGAAGGAGAAGGGGAGGAGACGGAAGCAGAAACGAAUAGCAACAGUGACAACUACGAUAAGGCAAAAGCGGAAAUGAUGGUCAUGGCAACAGAGAAUAGACGUGAGGACCUGCCGGAUACAGGACAGUCUGGAGGUCAAGAGGUCGCCUGGUCGAAGAUAAAACGACCGCUAAUGGACAGAAGAAGAAAGUGGCCUGCAUUUCCUAAGCCAAGUGGCCACGAGCCCUCUGGACAGAGUGGCUCCUCGCCUCAAACGCAUUCCAGCAGUCGAGCAGACAAUUCUAUGGCUGAAGAGAUGGUGUAUGCUUUGGUCAACGACACGGUGCGUUUGACCUGUCGCCCUGGAGAGGGAAGAUGGAUGAGUAUGCCUGGGCAAACAGGACGUCCUAUUCAAAGACAAUUACGCGCGAGCGAAGAUAAAAAAAUAUGCAAAGUGAGUAAAAAAUGGGCCCCUUAUAGUCUUGUAUCCUGGCGACCAAGAUUAAUCCUUUCGGAAUGUACAGACAACUCUUGA